CGCAGACGGUGCCGCCCUGCGGGGUCCGCCGCGGCGCUCUCGGGCCUCGAGGCAGGUUGGGGCCGAGCGCCGGGUGCGGGGUGCAAGGAGCCAAGUGUUGACACAGCCGUCGGCAAACAAAGGCGGUCAAUUAUUAACCGGCCGCGCUCUCGGCACCAGGAAACCCGAGCCGGCGCCGCAAGCCGAGCCGGCCCGACGGGAGGCGCCGGGCGGGGAGCAGCGCAUCCCGCGCGCACCGGACGCCGCUCGCGCCAUGGACGCAGGUCCCGAAGUGAAAGGGGGCGACAGCCCCGCAGACCCGGAGGACCCGCGGGGCCCCGCGCCCCCAGCCCCGGAGGAGCCCCGGAGCCUCGCGCCCCCCGAGCGCCCUGCGCUCCCGCAGCUCCCGCGCCGCCCGCAGCUGCUGGCCGAGGACGGCGGGCCCGGCGAGGGCGCGGCGGCGGCGGGGAGCGGGCCGGGCCCCGGGGAUGCCCAGGUCGCGCCCGCAGCCCCCGCGCAGCCCGAGCGCCCGGCCGGCCCGGGGCCCACGGCGGCCGGCGGCGGGGCGCCCAUCGGCUUCGAGGCCGAGCCCCCGCCCUACGCGCCGCCCGAGCCCAAGGCCGCGCCGCCGCUCUACCCGCCCUUCCCGCAGGUGCCCCUGCUGCUCCAGCCCGCGCCCGCCGCGCUCUACCCGCCGCCCGGCCCGCUCUUCCCGCCGCCCGCCGCCGCCUACCCCUUCCCCGCGUACCACAGCCCUCUGGCUGCUGUGCCAGGCCCCCCCUCAGUGGAGCACAGGCCUCUGCCCAAGGACUACAUGAUGGAGUCGGUGCUGGUGACCCUCUUCUGCUGCCUUCUCACUGGGCUGAUCGCCAUUGUGUACUCCCACGAGACCCGCACAGCCCUGGGCAGGGGCGAUCUCGUCCAGGCCGAGGAGACCUCGCGGAAGGCCCGCUCGCUCGUGCUCUUCAGCUUGCUGUUUGGGGUCUUCGUGUCCACCAGCUGGGUCAUCUAUGUUGUGGUGGCCCUCUACCUCCCCUGAGGCUGCAGCUCCUGCGGGGAUGCCAGGAGUCCCAGGGAUAAGGGGCCCGGCUGCCCUGCUUCUGUGGACACUGCUCCCUCCCCUGUGGCCAGCUGUCGCCCACAGAGGGCAAAGAAGAGGGUGGGCUCUGCAGCCCUCCAGACUGUGGCUGGGCCUCAGCCCUCAUCAGUGCCCACUGAGGCUCAGGCAGUGUCCUAACCUAAGGUGGCCUCAGAGACCAGACCUACCCUGGGACAGGACCUGCCAGAGCCCUGUCUCCCUGUGUCUCCUCCUGGGGCCUCCUGGCACUCUGGUCUCACCCCUGUCCCUAGGAGACCAUCAAAGGGACCAAUGUUGUCUUCAGAGCCAUCUGGAAGGACGCUGCCACCUCCAGCCACCCCUACCUCCAUCCAGCUGGGUGAUGGAGCUGCCAGUGCGGACUCCCCGGGGAGAGUGGGGAGGAGACCUCCUCCCCACCCCGGCUGGCUGGGCCCUCCUCCCAGCACCGGGCCAGGAGACGGGGCCUGCCACGCUGAGCCCAUGCCCAGAAAUUUAAGCUACUAGUUUCAGUCAACAAAAAUGAUGCCCUGUGCGGAGCUUCACGCUGCCCUGGCCCCCCCAGGACAAGCAGUAACAUCUGCCCACUGCUGGGCUCUGGCUCCCUGCCCUGCCCUGCCACUCUCUGGGACUCUGUUGGCACACAGCUCUAGCAGUGGCCUGCGCAGCUCCGGGGAGCUAGGUCACGGCUCCCCCCCUCCCUGCGGGCCUUGCAGCUUCUGCUGCACCCAUCUGAGCUUUCUGCUUGCUCUCCUGUCUCCACCUGUGUUGCCCAGUGUUUGGGGCUUGGCUGGGUCCCCACUUGGGGAGGGCUGCCCUGAUCAGGCCACCCUGCUGCCCCCGGACAGCUGUAGAGCUGCACACAGGUGCUCUUGUAGGUGCCUGGAUCCCGUUAGCUGUGGUCUUGGAAUGACCCCCUGUUUUUUCCAAGAUUAAAAUCCAUCCACAGACAGAGGAGUCGGGGUGUCCAGGCUGAACCCUAAGAGAAUGGCAGCUCGGAUUAAGUCAGAGGUUUUCUUAGCGGCCACUGUGUGCCCUGCCACCAGGAGCUGAGGCACAAGGCCAGCCCAGUGCAGCCUGGCCUCCCGCCACCCUGGAGAGACAGGAAUGAGGAAGCGAGAAAGAGCAGCUUGGAGAUUAUGGGGUGGCCUCGCGUCCUGGGACACAGGGCUGGUGCAGAGGUGGGAAGUGGAGCCCCCAAAUGCAUGAUAGUUACAAAAAGGAGGAGGAAACCUUUUUUUUAGGUGGCUGCUGAAAAAGUACUUGAUAGAAUCCGACAGCCCCAGCCGUCCUCAGAACUCCCCAGUUGGAAUGGGAAACCUUCUAGACCACUGCUUCUUGGUCCAAAGUGCUUACCGACCUCUGGGGGAUCUAGUUAAAGUGCAGAAUCUGAUUCAGCAGGCAGAACCCGGAAUCCUGCCUUUCUGAGGCCUUCCUGGCUGGGCGAGGGGAACUGGCACCAGGCUUGAGAGCCAGGGCCGCGGCGCGGACGCCCUCUAGCGGCUCUGCGAGGCAACCACCCUCCAGCUAAUGGGAAAGUGAAAGGGCGUGAAAACUACAGCUUCCCUAAGAAAGAACAACUGGUGUGAAGUGCAGUGAAGUGGUUGGAUACAAAGUAACGCUAUAAAAGUCAAUAGUGGCCCAUCGGCUUGGGAGGCUGAGGCAGGAGGAUCUCGAGUUCAAAGCCAGCCUCAACAAAAGUGAGGCACUAAGCAACUCAGUGAGACCCUGUCUCCAAAUAAAACCAAAAUAGGGCUGGGGAUGUGGCUCAGUGAUCAAGUUCCCCUGAGUUCAAUCUCUGGUACCCCCACAAAAAUAAAUAAAAAUAACAAAAUAAAGUCAAUAAUAACAACCAGUUAGACGUGGACAUUUAAAAUUCCAGUCAUGCUUGGUGCAGCUGCUGUAAUCCCAGGCUCCCGUGGCUCUGGAGGCUGAGGCAGGAGGAUUGUAAAUGCAAGUCCAGCCUCGGCAAUUUAGAGGGGUCCUAAACAACUUAGCGCAAUCCCUGGUACCAAUAAAUAAAUUAAUAAAAUAAAGAUCCACUCAUGGUAAUGAUGAAAGCAGCAAAAUUCAGGAAUAAAUUUAACAAAAAAGGUCUGGGAUCUGAUAAUUAAAAUCGCCAAAAUACCAAAAAAAAAGGCUAGGGUAGGAAGGUGUAAUAUCAUAGAAACGUUUAUUAAGUAGAGUUAGUGCCGUUCUGACAAGAAAGCCAUGCUUUAAACAUGUGACAAAGACGGGCUGGCCCAGUGGGAGAGGGCUGCCGCUCACAGAGGCCCUGGGACAGAUCCCCAGCACCACAAAGCAGAAUAACCCAAGAAAAUUCACUAAAAAGACAAAAAUGAACAUGGAAGACAAGGGCUGGGCCCGGGCUCAGCGGUGGCCUGGCCUGUGGGAGCCACUGGCUUUGAUUCUCAGCUUAUUAAUAGAUAAAAUGAAGGACCAUCAACGACUAAAGAAGGAUUUAAACAGUCAUCCAAGAAAAACAUGCAAAACUUGCUCGUAAUUUUUUAAAAGUUUGAGAGGAGCUUCUUCACCAGAUAUCAACACUUCCAUAAAGCUACAGUAAUCCAACAGCAAAGCACUAAGCAAGAGGCCCAGUCUCCAAAUAAAACACAAAACAGGUCUGGGGAUGUGGCUCAGCGGUCGGCCGGCCGGUCGGUCGUGUGCCCUGGAGUUCAAUCCAGGAACCUGCCCCCCCUCCCAAAAAGAGGGCGCUUAGGAAAGCGUUGUCUCCUGGGGAGCAUGGUGGACAGCGUGAAAGGGAGAGCUUCUUGCAGAGGCAAACCAGGAGGGUGAUUGUUGUGCAUUAGGCUGGGCACAAGCAAGAGGCGGAAUACACCCAGAGUCGGAGGGGACUGCUGACCUCACUCUGUUACUGGCAGGUGUGUUCUGCCAUAAGCUUUAUGGAAAACAGACUCAUGGUAUCUGUUAAUAACAUACAUUUACACAUGGGAUGUGAGUGGGAUUUGAAAUUUUUCCCGUGUGUGUGUGUGUGUGUGUUUGUGUGUUGCUGAAGAGGAACUCAGGGCCUUGCAUAUGCGAGGUAAGUGCUCUACCACUGAGCUGCAUCCCCAGCCCUUUCUUAAAAUUUGAGACAGGGUCCCCAAGAGUUGUUAGGUUGACCUCAAAUUUGCUGUCCUCCUGCUUCAGCAAAAGUUUUAUGCUUUUAACUAAUUAUGACCAUUGGUUGUGUGUGUGUAAUUUAUGCACGUACGUAUGCAUGUAAGUGCAAGAACAGGGUCUGAAGGAUGCAAUUCCAAACUGCUGAUCCUGGCUGCUCUUGUGGAGGGAAUGCCUAGGAGGGCUUGUGCAAUAUAUUGCUGAGUUUUAAAACAGGAUGUAUUCAUUCGUGCAUUGUGUAAUUCAAAAAUAACAGAAAAAAAUAUGCAUGGCUUUUGGACCCAGGAAUUUAAGUUUGGGGAUUCACAGUAGUGAAGAAGUGGCCUUGAAGUGUUUACUUGAAGCUUGCAGUCCAAUGUGGGGGCCAUGUUUUUAUCAGUAGCAUAGUUAUGAGCCACACAAGAGUGCCACAGGAGAGAGGCAGCUAGGGAAAAUCUGAAAGGUUGAGGGCAACUCUGAAAAAACUGUGAUUGAGUUGGUUGCAUCCUGAUUCCAGGCAUGGAAACUUGUGUGUCCUAGAAUCCCCCUAAUGUGACCCAGAGGGGCUUGGGCCUGGAGUGGUUAAAAAACAACAACAAAAAAAAGGCUUUUCUGAGCUUAGUUGUGAACAUCUUAACAUCCAGACCCAGGGGACGCUGCUGAGCUGUGUUCCAAGUCUGCAUCAUGGGCAUCGGAGCAGAGAAUGGGAGUUCCAGGGUCUCUGGGCUCCCCUCCUGCUGGGAUCUGGCCGUCGCCUACCUCUGGCUCUCCUGGAGGGUCCUGGCCUUUCAGUGGUUUUCCUUAGCCUCUCUGAUGACGAAACCAGCGGAGCCUCUUCUCUGUUCGCCCACCAUUCGGACACCUUCUUUACAUUGCGCCUGUUCAAGUCUUGUGCGCACAGGCGUCUCCCGUCAGUGUGGAGUUCUUUGUGUGUUCUGGAUGCAGGACUGCAAGUCCCUUUCUCAUUUGGUAGCUCCCUUUCACUCUUUAUUUAUUUAUUGGUAUCAGGGAUUGAACCCAGAGGUUCUCAACCACUGAGCCACAUCCCCAGCCCUUUUUCAUUUUUUAAUUUCGAGACAGGGUCUUGCUGAGUUGCUUAGGGUCUCGCUAAGUUGCUGAGGCUGGUUUUGAACUUACAAUCCCCCUGCUUCAGCCUCCUGAGCCAUUGGGAUCACGGGUGUGCACCACCUUGCCCAGUGAAAAUUCUGUUUUAAAGGUAGUCAAGCUUGUCUUUUCCUUUAUGCUUAGAGUUUUUGUGGCUUAACAAAAAUGUCUACACUCAUAGGUCAUGAAGAUACUCUUCUAUGGUCUUCUAGAUCAGCAGCUUUACUGGCUGAUUUUCACAUUCAGCUCUGUCUCUCCUCUGGAAUAGAUUCCAGGCGUCUGCUGUCUUUCCUUGAGUCGUUAUCGUCCUUCAUUAUGGGGCUUGAUAGUAAGUCCUGAUGUUGGGAGGUCAGGUCCCCUCCCACUCUGUCUUUUUAUCUUGGCCAUUUUUUUUAUUUGGGUGGUUGCUUUGUUUGGGAUGGAGUCUCACUAUGUUGCAGCUUCGUCUCCAGCUCCGGGGCGUAAGUGAU